GGUGGAUUAUGAUAAUAAAUGGAUUAAUUAAUCAAUAUAUUAAUUUUAUCCGAUUUAAUAUCAUCGAUUAGCGUUUGUCUAUGUGAAUGGUAGACAAAAUGAUGAAUAAAGUACAAAUUCAGUCAAACAAUGGAAAAAAAAUGUAAAAAUUGCAUCAUUUGGUCGUAAUUCGAUAUAAUCAGUCACUGUGAUAAGAUGUGUGUGUGCUGAAAAUUUAAUUUACGGGAUUUAUGAUUUUUUAUAUAUCUCGCCAGAGAUGUUUAUUUUUAACAAAAAUUUUUUUCCCGUCAAUCAAUCUGCAUUUAUUGACUGACGAUUGGCUGUUUAUUGUCAUUCUGUUCUGAUCAUUGAUUUUCAGUGUAGGAAAAAAAAUAGCCAUGCAAAAAUUAUCCACCAAAGUACGACGAUUAUCACGACAAUUGUCCAAUAUUCCACAAUUAUUACAAAAUGUUCAACGUAAUAAUCAAAUGUCAACCGGAGCAGCAUUUGUUGGUCUUGAUAAUUUAAAUACAUUGAAUUUAUGGCGUUUAAAUCCAGCCACAUCAUCAUCAUCGUUUAUUAAUCGACGAACAAUUCAAUUCAAUGAUAAUGACGAUGAUGAUGAUGAAACGAAAGAAAAUUUACAAAAACAAGUAAAUGAACGUACAAUACAAUUCAUGUCAAUUGUAUAUGCCAUAUUGUUGAUAAUCAUUGGUGCAAUGUGUACAUUUUUCAAUAUAUCAAAACCAAAUAAUCAAAUACGUGAUAUAUUUGUUAUAAUUAUUUCAAUUAUCAGCGCAAUUGUAAUUUGUUUUUUCCAUUAUGAUAUAAUAAAAUUUCGCCAUUGGGCAUUACAACGUAUUGAAAAUGAACGAAGACAACAACGUAGAAGACAAUCAACAAAUCAAAUAUCGAAUGCUGCUGCUGCUGCUGAUAUUGCAAUCAUUUCAAAUGGCAAUAAUAAUGUCCAAAUCAAUGAAGAUGAUGACGAUGAUAAUGAUGAUGAUCAGGUUCCUGCAUAUGAUACACUAUCAUUAACAACAGCUGUUAUUUUUGAUUAUUAUGAUAAAGCCAAUUCAAAUAAUCAUCUUGAUGAUGAUGAUGAUGAACAAUUCAAUGAAAAUGGUGUAAAUUCCAAUGAUGAGAUACGACCAGUAAAUGAUGACAACAAAAAAUCAGAUGAUACAAUGAUUGCAUAUCGUUAUUUUCGUGGUAGACAUGCAAAUGAUUUUUAUCUAAAAAUUGGUAUGAUUGUAUUUUGUUUCGGUAGUAUUACACAUAUCGGUAUCGAUCUGGUAAAACAAACAUAUUUUUUCAUCAAUCAUGAUAUCGAAUGUCAAUGUAUUUCAUUAUUAUUAAUGGAAUCAAUGAGAUUAAUAUUUUCAUUCUAUCAACUUUAUUUUGUAUUCAAAUAUUCAAAUAUCAUUAUAAAUCGUAAUAAAAAUCUAGCCCGAUUUGCAUUGAUGCAUUUGAUUGGCACAAGUAUUUCAUUCUGGUUUGAUACAAUCAUCGAUGAUGCUAUUGCUGAUUAUGUUGAUAGAAAAUUAAAUCAAACAAAUUAUCAAAAUCAUUCCAUUAUAAUUAUUGAUGAUGAUGCUGAUGAUUCAAUAAUUAAUGGUGAAUUUCAUGGCCUUAAAAAUCAUAUUUUAUUCGAAGAAAAUUGUUCAAGAAAAGCAAUUAUUAGUAAUGAAUCAUUACGUGCAUUACCAUAUCUUUAUCCAUUCACUAUUGAAUAUAAUAUUAUAUUGGCUUCAAUCUGGUAUAUGAUAUGGUCAAAUAUUGGCAAAGUAAAAGAUCGUUCAUUGUUUACUGAAUCAUAUGAAAAACAUUUAUUACAUAAAUAUCGUAUUUUUAAAUCAAAUGAAAAUGAAGAAAUUGAAGAUGAUAAUAAUACUAAUAAUGGUGAUGAUAAUGAUGGUAGACGAUCAAGUUUAUUAUUAACUGUUGAUUGUCAUGCAAGCAAUAAAGGUCUUUUUAUUGGUUUAGCCAUCCUAUUGAUCAUAUUGAUUACGGUGAUCAUAUUCUUUUCAACAAUACAUAAAGAUGUGUCCAGACAUUUUGGUGUUGUCAUCUAUACAUUGCAGAUUCUUUUAUUAACAUUAUCAUGUUUCGUUAUUAUACCAAUAGCUUAUUAUCAAAUGCAUGGCCAAUUGGAUGUUGUCAAUAGUGAACAUCGAAAUAAUUCAUUUAUGAUGAUGGAUGAUAUACUAAUAAUGAUACCAUUGCCAUUCUAUUUCAUCCACUAUACUUGUUCAGCUAUUGCUAGUUUGAUGAUAAAUAAUUCAUUGGAAUGUAAUAAUCUAGCAUUGAUUGGUAUCGAUAUGCUUACCAUCAUACAGGUUCUCAUACAAUCACCAUUUAUUGUGGAUAAAAUACGUCGUUGUUCCAAUGAUAUACGUAUACGUUUUCGUAAACCUGGUCGUGAAUUAGUCACAUUAAUGUUAAUAUUAAAUGUAACACUUUGGAUAUUGAAUACAUUGGAAUUGAAAAUCGUUGAAGAAUAUCAUGCAACACAUGAAUAUUUUGGUGAAUUUUUCACCAUGAUUUUAUCACAUACAACAUUACCAAUGAUGUUGUUCUAUAGAUUUCAUUCGUCAGUCUGUUUAAGUCAUAUAUGGAAAUAUGCAUAUGAAAAAGAUGAAUGAAUAUUGUCAUAUUGUCCUAUUUAUUUAUUCAUGUGAAUU